AUCUCCGCGGAUCAAUUCUCGAUUGGAGGUCCGAUUGAAUUGAUCAUCCCCGGCCAAAGUGGCGUUGCGCUCGGCUGGCCGGGUUCUAAAAUCCUUCAACGGUUGCUGGAACUUCCGCCUCGACUGCGGAUCCACUCGUGGGUGCCCCAGCGGAGAUUCAUGUUUCUACGAUUGGCCUGUUGGGCGCCGUUGUUCGUCGAUCUUGGAUUACUUGCCUCAACCGAACCGAUUAGCGACACUUGGUCCAUCCACUCGGCCGACUCCACUCGCCCAGAGGACGUAAAGAGCCUCGGCUACGAGGUCGACUGGUUGUCUGGCCACCUCGUCGUUUCGUUGCUGGGCCCCUGGCGGCCCAAGCACACGUCAUUCGUCUGUACCACCUACGCACCUGCCGACCACGGUAAGGCUCAACAGGUGAGUCUGUCCGAAACGCAUUAUCUGUACCGCCUGAGCGGUCAGGACGAGACGACGGAGACAUCUGAAAUGCCCGGGGUCGCCACGCAACUGCUACUUAGUCUGGAAAAUGUUGGCCUGGAACCCCUGUUGCCGGGCUGCCUAUUUGCCGGUAUCCGAGUGCCCUGGGCCUCCUGUGGUCCGUUUGUCGCGGCUUUGCCCGAACUUCAAGUUGGCUUGGCAGGUCUCGUUGUCCAGCCUGACUCUGUCGCCGGGCCGACCGGCGUCUGUGCUACGUGUCAUCGUCGUCAGGUAGAUCUGUUUGCUCGUCACUUCUGCCGUUUGUACGCUUGUUCUGUCGGCGCCACGGGUCUGCAUGAGCCGAAUUCGCGUCAUUCGACCGUACGACAUCACAACUGUCUCACAGCAUCUCUUUUCAGUCUGCCAGGCGAUUCAAUGGAAGCGGAGCCCUGCCGGUCAGGCGGAAUGUGGUCCGACGGACACCAGAACAGGUUGCCACGACGACUGCAUCUCUGGUUGCACUUGCAAUUUCCACAGUCCCAUGUCACUUGUGCCAGUCUGACGGCGUUGCUGGCCUCCAAUAGCCGUCUUGACCGACUCUUGGCCGACUUUGACGUCGUCUGGACGAGAUCGCUUCGUCAGCCGCAUCAAAUGUUCUACCGACCCGUGGUGUGUGUCGACCUACGAGGCGUCUUCUCGAAGUACGUCGACGCCGUGGUCCCCUUCACGCUGGUCAACAUGCAGCAGGGCUUCACGAUCUCCCUGGCCUACACUUCGCGACGGUAUUCCGGCCAACGAGGCUUCUACGCCACCUUUCAGCUGGCCGGACAAUUCAGUGGCAGUUACCAAGUCGAGUGUCGUCAGAACGAGUGUAGCCUUGAGUUGGUUAUCUCCGACAGACGAGCACCGUACACCAAUUCAACGCUAAAGUCCAUCUGUACCGUCUUCCACCGGCUGGUGCUCAUCUUCGGUCGGGAUCACAAUCACACGGUCGAGCCGACGGUCUACUGGACUCAUCUGCUCGUCGACGAGCGGACCUUCACAAGGCUUGAGUACGACGGACCAAUACUGCUGCUCCCCACAGAUCGUGUUGAGGUGAGGCAGACGUCGGACGAGGAAGGCGUCUUCAAGGUCUUCAACUGGGCCGACUAUGAUUUGGUGAAUAACGGCGAGUGGCGUCGAGUCUUGGCGAAUCGUCAGUUGGGCCUCGUCUGCAGUCAGACUCUGGAGCUGCCUCUCUUCGUCCCUGUCAGCUCAAACACUCGGCAUCCUCAGCUGCUGGACUCGAAUCGUCUGCCACACAGUCUCCUGGUACCCUUGAGCAGUCGGUUGCGUCUGCUCGCCUGUCGACGUCAAGCCGCCAGUUUGGUCGAGUCACUGAAUAAACAGACACUGGACAACCUCUUUCGCUCAUCCUCCUCUGUCGAGGCUGCCUCCGGCCUCGCUCAACUCACACCGAACUCGUUUUCGGGUCGAGUCUGUCCGCCGGGUCGCAGGACUGUGUCGACUGUGUUGUCGGGCUCCGGCGUCUCCUGCGACCAACAGUGUCCAAUCGACAGUUUCGCGGAUACCACCACUCGAGAUGAUCACUGUUUGAUGUGCCCGCCUCAACGGCCCAGGACUUACGGUGUUUACGGGGCCGGAUCCCGUCAGUGCACCGGGCUCGAGUACAUGGCGGCCACCCGUCGACACUGGGCCGAAAGGUACAGAAAUCGUACUUUUCGAACUUCCUCACCUUCGUCGGAUCACAUCGGCCAGGGGCCGGUCGACGAAUCUGACGCCGGCCUCUUGUUGCCUGCACUGCUCGAUUUUGUGGCCGCUUCGUAUCAGUCAAAACCGGGACUCGACCAGGUCAUGGCUUGGCUGAGGCCGGACAACGCCGACGCCAAAGCUGGAAGUGAGGAUGAGACACAAGUUCUCGAGAUGGUCUCUCUCAUUCCGGGCCUCACUCUGUCCAUCCGCGAGACCGGCUUCCUCCUCUUCAUCGCCGGCCUUUUGGGCAUCUUCGCCAGCCUCUUGAAUGGCCUCUUUCUGAUUGGCAUUGUGAAAGCUGGCCAGCAGACUAGACCUCGGCUCGUUCGGCUGGCCAGACUCAUCUGCCUCUGGGUCUUUGAGAAGGCCAGGCAACAAUUGCGUCUACGACUGCCCAACCGCAUCACCACCAGACGACAUGUAGCCUCGGAGACGGCCUCAACAACCAUCGGCACCGCGGCUCAUCUGGCUCCAGACAUGCCGGUUCUUGGGGGCACCGAAGAGACUGACGCAAUUGUCAAAGCGACUGUACAUGUCGUCCUUAAUGAGGCGCUCACGGCUUUCGUCCAGUCGAAAGAGGAGUACUACGAGAGUCAGGCCAGCAAAGAGGCGGAGGUCGAGUACGCUCCGGAGGAGUUGAGACCAUAUCUGGCGCAAAAGAGCAAAUAUUCCGUUCCCUUUUUCUUCUUCCACGAGAACUAG